AUGAAGGGCCUCCUUUUUUACGAUAAGAAUGACAUCAAAUUCUCCAACGAUGUCAAAGAACCAAAAAUCAAAGUUCCCGAUGAAUUGAUCAUCGACAUUGCUUACUGUGGGAUUUGUGGGUCUGAUCUUCACGAAUACUUGGACGGGCCAAUUUUCUUCAAGAAGGCCAGUACCGGCGGUGAUGAAUUAUCAAACGAAAAACUCCCGUUAUGUCUCGGACAUGAAUUCUCCGGAACUGUCAGAGAAAUCGGCGCCGGUGUCACCACCUUGAAACCAGGUGACCACGUUGUUGUCGAAGCUGGGGCUACAUGUGCUGAUAGAAGAAGAUUCCCUAGUAAUAAUCCAAGAAUUAACACUGCUACCUGUGAUGCUUGUAUAGCCGGAAGACCAAACGUUUGCCAUUACUUGAACUUCUGUGGCUUGGGUUUUUCGGAUGGAGGUUUAAGUGAACGGGUGGUCACCAGUGAGAAACAUGCCAUUCCAAUCCCUAAAUCCAUUCCGAUGGACAUUGCCGCCCUCAUUGAGCCACUUAGUGUUGCUUGGCAUGCUGUUAGACUCUCUGGUUUGAGAGAAGGUGAUUCUGCCGUGGUUUUGGGUUCUGGCCCAAUUGGUCUCGCUACAGUAUUGGCCUUACAAGGGCAUAAGGCCGGUAAGAUUGUCGUUAGUGAACCAGCAGAAGUUAGACGUUUGCAAGCCGCCAACUUCGGGGUGGAAACAUUCAAUCCUUUUGAAUACAAAUCUCUUCAAGAAGGUAUCGAUGCCUUGAAAGCCACCGCAGGAACUGGGGGAUUCCAAUAUUCUUUUGAUGCCUCAGGGGUCCAAGCAUCUCUUGACACCUCCAUCGGUGUCCUUGCCGCUGGUGGUAAAGCUACCAAUAUUGCCAUUUGGCCAGAUGUGAACAAGAACUUCAAACCAAUGUCUGUAACUUUAGAAGAAAAAUCCUACUGUGGUUCUAUGUGUUACACAAGACUUGAUUUUGAACAAGUGAUCGAGGCAAUCCACACUGGAAACAUUGACAUGAAAAAUAUUGCACAAUUGAUUACUGGAAAGGUCAAGCUUGAAGAUGCCGUUGAAAAGGGUUUCAAAGAAUUGAUUAAUAACAAAGACCAUAAUAUCAAGAUUUUAAUUACUCCUCGUGAUAUUUAG